AUGGUGGACAUUCAGAGCGCCACGUGUAAGCGCGUGAACCAGGCAAAGCCCGUUGUCAUUGACCUGGAUGACGCCGAGGACCCCGGCGCCCUGCCGCAGGAUCCGGGGGAUGACUUUGCGGACCUUGUCGCGCAUCCCGCGGCUACUCGCGAGCCAAUCCCCGCCAGGGUGCCGAAAGCAGAGAUCCCGCCCUUCACCCCUGCGGGCCGGGAGGGACUCACAGUGGGCGACCUGCCGGAAGCUUUGGAAAAGGAGAAGCGACCGCGGGAUACGGCUUCAGCGUUGUCGAUGUCUUCAUCCAUGACCAGUUCGGCGGCAGCCCUGCUGGGUGGACUGACCGCGAAGCCAGCCGACAAGCCCGACACGUCCGCGACUCCAGCGACGACCCGCCCGGGCGAUUCCAAGUCGGUGCUGGCGUCCUCGACUGCCAUGAAGUCUUCUGCAGCCAGCAGCCUCGGGGCGCUCUUUGCCAAGCAAAGCGACGCCAGGAGCCGGAAGAGGCGAGCAUGGCCUCCAUCCAGGAGGACGCCGUCCAAGACGGAUGAGGCCAAGCCCGAGCCGAAGCGUGUGCCGGGCAAGGCCAAGUCGGUGCUGGCACAGUCCACUGUCAUGUCCUCGUCUGCAGCUGGCGCUCUCAGCGGGCUGCUUGCAAAGGCGCCAGCGGCCAGGCCUGAUGGUGAGGAGGCAAGUUCCAGCCCCGACCCAGCCACGGCUUCUAGCGCGCCGCAGCCAAAGCGAUCGGCAGCUGCCAAAUCGGUGCUGAAUCAAUCCACCGUAAUGUCCUCGUCUGCAGCCGGCGCGCUCAGCGGGCUGCUUGCAAAGGCGCCAGCGGCCAGGCCUGAUGGUGAGGAGGCAAGUUCCAGCCCCGACCCAGCCACGGCUUCUAGCGCGCCGCAGCCAAAGCGAUCGGCAGCUGCCAAAUCGGUGCUGAAUCAAUCCACCGUAAUGUCCUCGUCUGCAGCCGGCGCGCUCAGCGGGCUGCUUGCAAAGGCGCCAGCGGCCAGGCCUGAUGGUGAGGAGGCAAGUUCCAGCCCCGACCCAGCCACGGCUUCUAGCGCGCCGCAGCCAAAGCGAUCGGCAGCUGCCAAAUCGGUGCUGAAUCAAUCCACCGUAAUGUCCUCGUCUGCAGCCGGCGCGCUCAGCGGGCUGCUUGCAAAGGCGCCAGCGGCCAGGCCGGACGAGGCCAGCGCCAGUACCCAGGAGAAGCCCAAGACAGUGCCCGACUCCCGCAUGACCUUCUCAGGGCUGGGCGCCUUUCUGCGGCGCCACCCCAAGAAGUUCGGCCUGGGCGCCUUGUGCCUCUGCGGCUUCGCAGCUUGGCCGGGCUCCUUCGAACACACCGUGCGAGAGGACCGAGUCAAGGCUUUGAACGAGAAGUUGGCGCAGAUGUCUCCAACGGAGAUGUUGCAGUGGGCCGUGAAGACUGGCGAUGUCUUGCAGUUCAGUAGCUUUGGUCCUUCUGGCAUGGUGAUUAUCGACAUGCUUGCAGCCUCAGGCUUGCUGGAACAGAUCCCGGUCGUGAUGAUCGACACACUGCACCUCUUCCCGGAGACCUAUGAGCACGUGUUGAAUGUCACCAGAAGAUAUCCUACCAUGAAGCUUCACGUCUACUAUCCACUCGGCUUCGGAGCUAACGAGGCCGCACGCUUUGACUCUGUCCACGGCGCUGCGCUUUGGAAGGACAACUUCGAUCAGUACAGCUUCCACACGAAGGUCGAACCCACCUCCCGUGCGCUGCGGGAGCUGUCGCCUGGGUUGUGGGUCACUGGUCGCCGCAGAUCCCAAGGCGGUGCCCGAGAAAAGUUGCCACUGUUGGAGAAGGAUGCAGGGCGGCUGAAGAUGAACCCUUUGGCCUUCUGGGACUUGAGUGAUGUUUGGAACUACAUCCAUGCUCAUCGCGUGCCAUACAACGUUCUGCAUGACCGCGGGUACAGCAGCAUUGGCGACGUGAUGAACACGCGGCCAGUGCAAGACGGCGAGUCUGAGCGUGCAGGCCGUUUCCAGGCCAGCGGCGCAACGGAGUGUGGGAUGCACACGCACUUGGCCAGAGUCGCUGCUCUUCGCCAGAAGCCCAAAGCGCAGCUCGGUAAUGUGCCGCAUCUGCCGUGCGAUGCCUGCGUUGAGGUGGAUCCCCAGAACUUCGAGGAGGUGGUGUUGCGCACGCAGCAGGAUCUACUUCUGGAGUUUUACUCCCCGCACUGCUCGCACUGCGUGCAGUUCGCCCCGGUGUUUGCGGCCGUGGCCACGCGCCUGGCCAAGGACGGGGACGUGAUCUCCGCGCGCUUCGACCUAUUUCGCCACUUGCUGCCGGAGACGGCCUCGCAGGCGGGCAUCCAAGUCAGCGCCUUCCCCACGCUGAUCUUGGUGAGGAGGUCCAAGACGGGGCUCAAAGUCUUGCCCUACCCAAAGUGGAGGAGAGAUUUGAGCAGCGUCCUGAACUGGGUGAAAGAGCAGGCUGCGAGUGCCAAGCCCAAGGCACGACCCGGCGAGUCAAAGACAGUGGUCACUGGUUUGAACACGUCUUCGUCCGCCGCAGCACUUCUGGGGGGCAUGGUGCAGGCGAAGAAAUAA